GGAAGAAGACAAACGAAAUCAUUUAAUAAUGAAAGUGUAGGAAGUAGAAAUUUGUUACUACUGAUGUGGGCUGUGUUUCUGAGUACAAUUAAUGCAAACCCUUCAGUGCGCAAACACGUAACAAUGCUCUUUGUGCUUUUUUUGUACAUGCGAAAGUCUCUGAAUGACCAUGUGGAAAGCAGAUUUGUCCUCAGAUUUUUAAAACAAAGCAGAUUUUUAGUUUAAUUUAAUCCGUUAUCCAUUUUAUUUUAAUUUGUCAAACUGUAAUUAUAUCUCUAUAUUACAUCCAUCACCAGCAUACUGUCUGCUCUCCAUCUUUUUGUUUUUUAAGGUAAUGUAUUAAACUACAAGAGUAAUAUGUACUGACUCAAAAUGUUAUCCAGAACGGUAACAUCAAAUUUCCUGCAAUUAUGUUAAAGCCAAGCAAAAUCUGUAAAGUUGUGCUGUUUUGCAGUUGCAUGGGACACUGAACUGAACUGCGCAUGCUGCUCACUCAUCAAUCAGAUGUGUGGGUGUAUAUGUUCAGGGGCAAAAAGGGAGUAGAAGAGAAAGAUAAAGAAGGAAAGAAAGAAGAACAGGCCUGGGAGAAAAGCAGAUGGGUCAAGAGCUUAGAUUGCUUGCAGAUGGCUGUCAGAAUAGAGCCGAGGUCCUCCUGUUAGAGCUCAGGCUGUGUUUCAAGCCGUGUGCCUGGGUGUUCACUUUUAUAUGCAAGCAUUUCUAUGCUGAGUUAAGUUUGGUUUAAAUUUAGUGCAUUAAUAAUGAAGUUGUAUUUCUGUGUAUACGUAAAUUCUUUCUUUCUGCAUAUUUUCUGUGCAGUGUUUGCUUGUAUGUGUAGACUUUACUGGCCUGCAUGAGGUGUUCAAAAGAGCAGCCUGGGGGUGGGGAGCUGCAGGUGCAAUAUCUGUCAAUAAGCUGGAUUUCGUUUUUAGCUACGAAAAAGAAGCCCAGCUGAUUUCACUCUAGAGGCUUCUGUAGUCUCAGAUGAUACAUUUACAAGCAGUAACUCAGUUCAGACUUUCAUGCAUCACAAUCCUUCCACUGUCCUAUAAAUCAGCAGUUACAUUCCACAUGAGCCAUCCAGCGGUGGAUGUUUUCAUCUAUACUUUACUAUAACUGUACAAAAUAAAAUAUUAUAGCCAACUAAUCUUGCCAUGAGUCUGUUUAAUCUAAGUGACUACUGUUUGCAGGUUUAGCUUUGACACUUUUAUAUAAAUAAAUAUUGCUUUAGGUCCUGUAUGUGACCAGAACAGAAUGAAUCAUCUUAUAUCCACCCAGGUCGUAAAAAAAUAGUUUCUGUGCUUGAAACAGAAAUACAAAAAGUCUCUACUGCCUCUUUGCAUAGAAGCAAUGAGGUUAACGUGAUCCCUUGUCAAAAGAUAAUUGUGAUUUCCAAUUUGAGCCAUUUAUAUUUGGCAGCAUGUUUCUGUUCUGGGACUCCCCCGCCCUUCUAUGUGCCUACAUAGGAAGCCAGUUGGAGAGAACAGCAAUACCGCUGCACAGAACAGGGCAUACACCAGUGACAACAGAUAUGACUGAUUAAGUCAGGCACAACAUGUAAAAGAGGUUUUGGGGUAUAGGGGGUUUCAAAGCUGCUUGCAGAUGUGCAACAACUGUGGCUAGACUAAAGCAGUUUAAAUGGGGUGCCUAGCAUGAGAUAUUGUCAGUCGCAUGUCUAGCUAAGAAAUCAGCUAUUUUUGGCUGGUAACAAGAUCAGAUGAUCUGCUGGGAUUGAAGUUGAGCUUGGCCUUUUUGCCCAGCCUUGAGGAGACUCAGUUCUUAGAGGUUCUGGAUGUUGAAGGGCUGUUUUGGUGACACAUCUCAGCAACAUCACAUGAAAUUUGAGGACAAUGCCUCUUCUCUAAUUUCAGAGGGUUCCCACAACGCAGCCACCCCAGCAAGGUCUAUGCCAAUGUACUGCAGAGGAAAAUCCAUCUCUUAGUAAAAGCUCAUAUUCAGGAGGAAACAUGGUGGUUUGCAAUACUGAACCAGCUCUUUACUCUCUCAUAGAGAAUGGAAGUUUGCCCAAUGAGUCUGCAUGUUUUUUGUGAACUCGGACAAGGCAUUCGACUGCAUCCGUUGGAACAUCCUUUAGGUGGUGUUCCGGGAGUAAAGGUUGACUGGCCAGUAGCUACAGUUCAUUCAGUCCCUGUAUAGUGGUAGCGAGAGCUUAGCUUGCAUGGCCUCUACUGCAGCUCCCUUCAUCACCGAUUCCUUACAACUUUAAUGGAUGGAAUUUCUAGGUGGAGCCAAGUGUUGGAGGAUCUCUGCUCUGGUAGCCAUCUGCAAACCACUUUUUUGCAGAUGAUGUGGUUCUCCUGGCCUCAUCAACCAGCGACCUUCAACUUGCACUAAGGUGGUUUGCCACUAAUUAUGUAGUGGCUAGGAUAUGAAUCAGGAUGUCCAAGUUUCAGACCAUUUUUCUUAUUCAGAAAAGGGUGGAGUGUUAACUCCAGGUCAUCGACAAGUGUGGGGAGAGUGAAGUGGGAGAAUGACGGCAGAUCUGUAGUGAGGCGGACACUAUUGGCUUGAAGAGGGAGCUGAGGGUGAAGCUGUCAGUUUACUGGUCAGUCUUUGUUCCUGUCUUUAGGGCCAUGGCCAUGAGCUCUGGCUAGUAACCAAAAGAAUGAGAUUGCAAGUACAAGCACCAACAAUGAGCUUCCUCAUGAGUUAUUGGACUCUCCAUAAGAGACCUGUGUGAUUCAGGUUGGCUCACAGUGGUGCUGCUACAUCUCCACAUUGAAAAAGAAGCCAAGUAAAGCCUCCUGGAUGUUUCCAGGAUGCUUCAGGCGUUCUACUGCAAGGAGGCCCUGCGGCAACCCCAGGACACACUCGAUAGAUUAUAGCUUACAGAUUAUAGCAUACAGUUGAGUAAGACGAGGUGGCCUGGGAGAGGGAGGUCUAGUUGUCUCUGCUUUAACUAUCGCCGUGACCCAAACAUGGAUGAAUGAAUGGAUGGUUUUUCAGACCUAAAAUGAAGUAUUUGGCUAAAGUUUGGCCUUUCUCACAUUAAUGGAUUUUUAAGUGGUAGUAUUCGUUGUCAUAAAUCCUUUACCUUGGCAACACUAGUGGCAUGUUCUACCUGUUGAGGCAGGUCCACAAUAUUUCCUAAGAGCUUUUUCCACUGAAGUCAUGCUGUUCCUCUCUUUAGCUCAGAUAAAUGUCUCUGUUGUGAGGAGCUGAGCGACAGUUGUGCUGAUGAAUUGGCUUUGCAAUUACGAGGCUCCAGAGGAGCGAAUGGUCCUCUCCCUCCUCUCUUCCCAGUCUCUAAGGACACUGUCUGUGCCAUUAACAACACAAAGCUCUCCAGCCUCUCCCUGGACACCUUGGCCCCACUUCUGAUAAAGAGCUGAAAGCAGAUCCUGUCUAGCAGUGAAUCGCCUGGCCUCACCUGGGACUGACCAAUAAAGCCACUUGGCUCAAGAGCUGGGAAUCAUGGUAUACCUGUGCAUAAUGGCAGCAGGGGGGAAAUCACUUUGCUAAGACGAGAGAUACACUGGCUUGAGUUUACUUUCAGUUAGGUAAAAACAGCCCAUUGAAUGACUUUUGUAGCACAUUCCUGAAGCUAAUGAUGUAAAGAAGUAAUGCUUUCCUGUCAGUAUCCUCUCUGAUGACCUCUUUAACAUCAGUCUAGAAGCCAGAAAGUCAAGCUGAUGUCACUGUAAUUAAAACACAAGUGGUGUUGGCUCUGAGGGGGCAUGAGUUCUCUAAUGGCCCUGUAUCCCCAGUGCCAAGGCUGCUCAAUAAUGCCCUCUUUUCAUUCCUGCCAGACGUAGCCAGAACAAACAGGAGAAGAACACAGGAAAGCACUAAGGGAGACAAGAGGAAGAGAGGAGUUUGACAGAAAACAGAAAAAGCAUAAUUCUGUGUGCUAGACUGUCUCAUCUGUUUUUGUUACUCGUCUCGUCUACAAAACAGCACUGAAUUAUUUAUUUGCCUCUGCCAGGUGAAAUAAGUUUAUGAAUACCUCCAGUGAUGAGCUCAUUAGUUUCCUUCCUAAUCUCUGCUUAAAGACUGAAAAAAACAUAUUUAUAUGACCACAGGCUUAUUUUUAAUUAAAAGAUUAUAAUUAAUGUAGAUGGGAUAAAAAAAAAAAAUCAUAUUGGUUUUACUUCUGUAAACAAAGUGAAAAUAAAUCCUUCAGGUUUUGAAACCACCUCCUAUCACAUUCCCAUCAUGUGAUUCACUCUGGAGUGACUUCAGUUUGCUGUCAAUCUGGCAAUACAUGACGUUCUGCAUGAUGUACAAACCAUCACAUUUAGAACUUGUUGAUUAGCCUGUUUGUUUUAAGUGUUAUAGCAAAAAUGAGCAAAUCCUCAUUCACAAAGCUCGUGCUAUUCUUGACAGCAGGUGAUGCAUACUGCAAACUAAGACCUCUGUAGUCACUCUCACUAGAUCCUCAACAUCCUUUAACUGUGCAUGACCCUGUGAGGUGUUUGUGAGCACUCAUACAUGCACAAGGCCAUGUGUUUGCACUUACUGUAAAAUGUGUUUACGUAUUUCUAAAUGGAAUUAAGCCUUUCGGGGGGGAAAAAGAACUUUGUUAACCUUGCUCAACUUGUUUAACAGUGAAGCAUUCUUGUGUUUUGUUCAGGAGUUAUCUGAGCUUCCAGACCUAUGGCUUACCAGUUGACUGACUGUAAGAAGAGAUUACAGAGAAUAAAAUCAUUGGCCUUGGCUUCAUCUGUAAUGACGUUUCCACUGUCUUCAGAGGAUGGAUGCCACUCUUUUCAGGAAAUAUCUCCCAAGAAAAACAAGAAGGCAAUGAGGGGUGGCUCGAGAGCUGUAUUUGUAAGAAAUCCCCAGCUCAUUAAUCCAACUAUGGUUGACCCCUCGGAGGCUGAGGAGCAGAAUAAGUGUAAAGGCCCGCAAUUCGACACGCCAGCUGUGGCCACCGAAGACUCUCGACUGCCAGAAAACACAGAUAGCACGACAACAGAGGAAGAUGGGGAUGCUGGUUUUGAGACGCCACCAACUGGCAGUUCAGAGCCAAGCCCCUGCCACACUGCAUCUCCAGCGGCUCCAGAGGUCACCUCUCAGGGCUCAGCACCUCAGCAACCACAGACUCAGACUGACAGAGAUGUGUCUCCAAAGCUGCACCUGGAUCUGUACAACUUUGACUCACCGGCCGCAGAGGGCAGCCGAUACGUUUUAACGAGCCCCCGCUCUCUGGAGGCGUGUGCUCGAUGCGGGGUCAAGCCUGUGGAGCUGCUGCCUCGCCCGCUCUCUGACUUUGCCCGGGAGGCUCCUGGCCGCUCUAUGCGUGUUGCCACAGGCUUGUUUGAAGUCUUUGAGAGGGACAGGCAUGCCAAACUCAGGCAGUGCAGGGAAGAGAGGGAAAGGAUUGUUAGGGAGGAAAAACGAAGGAUUCUUCAGGCAGCGGUCAAUAGCAGCAAUGCAUCUUCUGUGGAUAAAAUGUCCUCUGGCCUCACCCAGUCUUCUAAGUCUGGGCCAGUGACCUCCAGUUCCACCCUCAAUGCUGGAACAUCUUCUGGAGCCACAGCAUCAGGUCAAGCCUCCAAAACAGGUGCAGCUCUUUUAUCCAAAGCACCUGCCUCCACUCUUAGUACCUCCCCUAAAUCUUUUCAUGCGGGACCAACCACAUCCUUAAAAUCUGGCUCCACAACCUCUACACCAGCUUCCAAGAGUGGAUUUCUAGGAUCUGGAAAACAUCCUCUGUCCUCAUCCCCUGAAUUAGUAAAGCCCACACGACCACUUUCAUCUGGCCCCCCACCAGUAGUUAGGAAAUUGUCUGGUGGCAAAUCUUCAAACACUUUUCCUAGACCAACACCGAAACCCCCUUCCUUCCCCAGAGCCAACUCCACCUUGACUUCAUCAGUGUCAAAACCUGCAGUUCAGAGCUCUGGGAUACCUCUGAACGGUGUGACAGGAGGACCAUUUACACAGCACAAUGGACAUCUUGGAUUUCAUUCCAAGGUACGAGGAAAAAGCCAUUCACUGGAAUCUUUACAGCGAAGGAUGGAUCCCGUCUGCUCUUCAACCUCCACUACUACAACUACGACUACAUGCACCUCGUCAGAGUCGGGCGCUUCUUCUUCCUACAGUUGGGAUGGUGCACGAGAUCACUGGGCUAGAGUCUCCAGUCCUCGAGCUCGCACUAUGGCCACUUUCAACUCCCUAAUGGGCCGCAGCCUCAGCCUCGGCGACCUGAGCCACUCUCCUCAGACGACACAGAAGGUGGAGCGCAUAGUAAAGGAGGUGAAGCGCAGAGGGCUGAAAGCUGUGUCUGAAAGAGACCGCAAGAUAGCAGCUUUGAUGCUUGCCCGAUAUCAAGAGGAAGACAUCAUGAGCCAGACCCGCUAUGUGGCUCACCUUCAGUGGGAUAGCGAGCGCAGGAUGGAGGAGCUACGUCGCGAGCAGGAGGAGCGAGAGAAACAGCGUGCCGUGCUUCAGUGUCAGAGAGUGUGGCAGACACAGGUGUCGCUGCGUCAGCGAAGACUCAGCCAGCAGGAGCGACAAUCAGCAGCAGCCAAAAUGCGACAGGUCGAGGAGAGCGAGGAGCGAUGGAGGGAGCUUGCAGAACUGCAGGAACGUAACCGCCUGUUAAAGUUACAGCAGGCAGCACGAGAGGAAAAGCACAAGAAGGCUCUUCAGGAGCAGAACCUGAAGGCUUUGGAGGAGGAGAGGGCUGCCAUGCUGGAGCAAGAGAGGCUGCUGCUGAAUGAGAAGCUCACCAUGGCUGAGCUGAAGAGGCAAGAGAAAGAGCACCAAGCUCAGGAGGAGAGGCGAGGUCUGAACAAAGCAGAGAAGAGGCGUCACAUCGCCCUGAUACAGGAAAUCGCCCGUAGAGAGAAAGAGGAGAGGGAUGAGACCAGGAGGGCAGCGGAGGAAAAGCUCAGCCGUUCCCUUGAAAACUACGAACAGAUAGUUGAACGUCGAGGGAAGGAGCUGAAAGAGAAGGCCAAGCGCGAGGAGAAGCAGAUCCAGAAAGCACGCAAGGCAGCAGAAAAGCGCGAGAGGCAACAGCAGCAGCUGCUGGAGGCUCGCGUAAAGGAAGCAGAGAAACGAGCCCAGCAGGCAGCUUUGGUGGCCGAGGAGAGGGCCAAAGAGAAAGCGCAGCGGGCAGUCCAGAGCCGACAGGAGAAGGAGAGACUCCAGAAGCUCAACAGGCAGCGCGUGGAGGAGGAGGAGAAGCAGAGGCGUCUGGAGCUGCUCCAGUCCAUCGAGAGGAAGCUGGAGAAGAGCGAGCAGAUCUUCAAGGAGAAGAAGGCAGUGUUAGAGAGCGCCCGAUCCGUGGCUAGAGCCUCUUUUCACGUGCGAGACAAAGUGCGGGAGGAGACCAACAUGCGUACCUUUGAUAAAAUGGCCCUGGAAGCUCAGCUCAAAGCUAGUCUUGAUGAGAAAUAACCAUAGCUUUGUUGUGGACUCCUUACUUCUGGUCAUGUGCUUGGCUCCUGCCUUCAUUAUGGCCCCAGUCACUCAACAGCUUUACCUUUCUACCCAUAAGCACCUGCAAUGUUAUUUUUUCCCUCACAUAUCUUUACCCAUCAGCUGAUUUUACUACAUUUUUCAUAAUUUUUAUUGUCAAUGCAAACAAAAUAAUUUUGUAUCGUGGAUGUAAUGAGACUACAAACGAACAGUAACGCCUGUGAAACACAUGCAGUGGACUUCAUGAAAGACAUGAGAGUUUUAGGACAGCAGCAAACCCCUUCUCUGUCCUUCUCUUUGCCUUCUGCUCCAUCGAUCUCAGCUACUGGACUGAAAGCUCUGCUGGAAUGAAAAGAGUCAUUGUUUACCAGUAAGCACAACUCCAUGACAACUGCAGAGGCUUUUAAGGGAGCACUCACGUAAGAGAAGAACAAGCAUAAGAAAAAGAAAAGGCAGAUCGCAGAUGAUUCUGGACCCUCAGAGCAAUUGAGAGAUCCUUUUGUACAUGCACUGUGACACAGCAUGAAAAUAAAGCCCUGGGCUGAACACUUAACUGCUGACAAUGCAGCAGUGGAGGGUCAUGUGCACGAUACCCGUGCUGAUGAAGCAUCGGAGGACAUUGAACAAGAGGGAGGAGAAGCAGUGUGCAGUGCAUCAGUGUCAGGAUUCUCCUGGCCAUGCCGAUUACAGUAAAAUAGUGACGCACUCUGAAAAUGCCCUCUCUGCCCACUGAUCUGCUCCCACAGCCACCUGGUGACCACGUCAAGGUCAACAGGUGCUGGUGAUGAGCGUGAGCUGGUGAUGUAACCCACAAGCCUCCCGACAAAACUGUUCCUCCCACACUGAGCUUUAUCAAAGUGUAAAACAAAGCCUCUCCUGGUGGAAAUACAGUCUUAUCAGAUCUUAUUUUAUAGGUUUUUAUUCAGUUUGUACCCGUUAACAGUGCCAACUAUUGUGCUGCAGAGAAGAAGAACCUUCCGCCUUUUACCUGCAUCAAUGAAACAACGUGUGCAAGGUUCAAACACAGCUUUAUUAGCAUCAAGUCGUGUUUAGUCCAGUUUGUUUCCUUCUCAUCUUCCCCUUACAUGUGGGCUUUGUUUCUGUAUCACUUCUGGUGUUGAGUUAUUUAACAUUUGUACAUUAUCAUAAAAUGCUUCCUUUGAUGAAUUACAUUGAGUUGCAUUGUCAAGAAAGGAUUUUUUCAGAUGUAGCAAUAAUGAAAUGGUCGUGGAUGAUAUCGAACACAUCUGUCAGUUCAUCGUUUCCAUCAGUCCUCUAAACUGAAGGUCUGUGCAUACAAUCAAACGUGGAAAAAUAAAAACAAACAUUUUUCAAGUUGGAUUUGUGUUGUCUGUGCCAUCUGCUUCAUUUAGUAACAAGCUUUUUUCAGGAAUACAAAAUGGUAAAAGUACUAGCAGUUACACAGAUACAUCUUUAACACAGAUAUUCAUUGGUAGAAGAAUCAGAAAAAUGUACUUCAAAUAUUAAA